AUGGGGAAGAGCAGCAAAGACAAGCGCGACAUCUACUACCGCAAGGCGAAAGAGGAAGGAUGGCGCGCGCGGUCCGCGUUCAAGCUCCUGCAGAUCGACGACAGCUUCGACGUCUUCAAAGACGUGAAGCACGUCGUCGAUCUGUGCGCGGCUCCCGGUUCGUGGAGCCAGGUCAUCUCGCGGCGGCUGUGGAUCCCCGCGCGCGACGCGGGGACGGCGGCGGAGGACAUGCCUAAGAUCGUCGCCAUCGACCUCCAACCCAUGGCGCCCAUCGAGGGCGUCGUGCAGAUCCAGGGCGACAUAACCUCGCUCGCCAAGGUGAACGAAGUCCUGACGCACUUCGAAGGCAAGCUCGCGGACCUCAUCGUCAGCGACGGCGCCCCGGACGUGACCGGACUGCACGACAUGGACGAGUUCAUGCAAGCGCAGCUCAUCCUCGCCGGUCUGGCCGUGUGCGCGCACAUCCUGCGCCCGGGAGGGACGUACAUCGCGAAAGUGUUUCGCGGGAAGGACGUCGCGUUGCUCUACGCCCAGCUGAAGAUGUUCUUCACGCAAGUCACGUGCGCCAAGCCGAAGAGCAGCCGGAACUCGAGCGUGGAGGCGUUCGUGGUGUGUCAAGACUUCCGCCCCCCGGAGGGGUUCGACCCGAAAAACUUGAGGGUGAUAUUAGAGGAGCGCGCGCGCGGGUUGCUCGCGGACGACGUCGACUUGGGGUUGAUGUCGUGGCCGGACGAGUGCGUCGUCCCGUUCGUGGCGUGCGGGGACCUUAACGGGUACGACGCGGACAUGAACUACGACUUGGACUUCGAGAGCAAAGUCGGGCAUAAGCCGUACGUCCCGUUAGCCCCGAUCGCGCCGCCGACGGAGCCGCCGUACAAAACGGCGAUCGCGCGCGAGAAGGCGAAGAAAGAAGCGUUCGCGAAAGCGCACGAGAAGCCGGGGAAGGCUCGGAAGAAGGAGCUCCAAGCCUUGAAGAAGAAGCAGGAGGAGGAGUUGGCGGCGAGGGCGGCGGGCGGGUCGAUAGAGUUAUGA